UGCAUUCAUCGGGAUCUGGCUGCACGAAAUAUUCUUCUCACUCAUGGCCGAAUAACAAAAAUCUGUGACUUUGGCCUGGCAAGAGAUAUAAGGAAUGACUCAAAUUAUGUAGUCAAAGGAAACGCUCGUCUUCCUGUGAAGUGGAUGGCACCUGAAAGUAUUUUCAAUUGCGUCUACACCUUUGAGAGUGACGUCUGGUCUUACGGGAUACUGCUUUGGGAGCUUUUUUCUUUAGGAAGCAGCCCAUAUCCAGGGAUGCCUGUGGACUCCAAGUUCUAUAAAAUGAUCAAGGAGGGAUACAGGAUGUUCAGCCCCGAGUGUGCGCCGCCUGAAAUGUAUGACAUAAUGAAGAGUUGCUGGGAUGCUGAUCCUUUACAAAGACCCACAUUUAAACAAAUUGUACAGCUGAUAGAGCAGCAGCUUUCAGAUAAUGCCCCCCGGGUUUAUGCAAACUUCUCAACUCCACCUUCCAGUCAAGGGAAUGCUCCAGAUCACUCGGUGAGGAUUAACUCGGUGGGUAGCAGUGCUUCAUCUACUCAGCCUCUCCUGGUACGAGAAGAUGUUUGAGUGGCAUCUGGGAGAGCAGCCCAGAUGUUUUAACUGUUUGUAUUGUGCAGGGGGUGAGAGACGGACGACUUCAAUAAUUUCUCUUACUUUUACUCACUACUACCACUGUGUAGCUGAAACAUUGUUGUAAUACUGUCCUUUACCACACGCUGUUACACAUAAACUUAAUCUGCUGAGCACGGUUACAGGCAUCAUUGCAAUGUUAACUGAAGCUGUAUAUAUUUUGCUAUAUUGUGUGUAUUUGCAGUAGAGAGCCAGAUCUGAAGAAAAAAACAAACAGCCAACAAAAGAUAUCGUGAGCCAGGUUGUGGAACGAGAUGACUGCAGAUCAAACCAAAUCUGCAGUGAUCCUUCUCUGGAUCCGUGCCUGGAAGGAGUACAGUCAUUUUUCUAGUUAAUCCUGUUUUGCUGAACUUAAGAAAUAAAAGAAUA